AGAGAAACGCGCGAACGCAUACAAACCACCAAUCCAAUCACUCACCUCGUCACAUAAAACUCUCCCCAACCUUCUCACCACGACAAGACCCAACAGACCGGAACUUGCAAACUCGGCCAUGGCUUCUCUAACAUGUCUUCCUUAUUAUACUCUUCUACCUAGUCACUCCCCCUCUUCUUCUUCUUCUGCUACCACGUGUCUUGUUGUGGGCAAUCCGAAACGGUGUGGUCUUAGUUUGAAGAACAGCCGAAGCAGACAAAGAUUUGGUCUGACUACUAGAGCUUCUGUUGACGAGGUUUCAGCUCUGGACGAGGUUUCUGGCUUAGCGAAAGAUGCCGUGGACGACGUCACGUCUCUGGGAAGAUCGCCGUUGAAGCUCAAGUUGUUGAGUGCUGUUGCUGGGCUAAAUAAAGGUCUUGCAGCGAGUGAAGAUGAUCUACGAAAGGCAGAUGCUGCUGCAAAGGAGCUUGAAGCUGCUGGAGGCCCAGUGGAUCUGUCAACUGAUCUUGACAAACUGCAAGGGAGAUGGAAACUGGUAUAUAGCAGUGCAUUUUCUUCUCGCACUCUUGGGGGGAGCCGCCCUGGGCCUCCCAUUGGAAGACUCCUCCCAAUCACUCUUGGUCAGGUGUUUCAACGAAUUGACAUCUUAAGCAAAGACUUUGAUAACAUAGUGGAGCUUCAACUAGGUGCUCCAUGGCCCCUGCCGCCUAUUGAAGUAACUGCCACUUUAGCCCACAAAUUUGAAGUCAUAGGUUCCGCAAGUGUUAAGAUCGUAUUUGACAAAACCACUGUGAAGACAACUGGAAGCUUGUCACAACUUCCUCCAUUAGAGAUUCCUAAGUUACCGGAUGGACUGAGGCCAUCAUCCAACACAGGCAGUAGUGAAUUUGAAGUAACCUAUGUUGAUUCCGACACCCGCAUCACCAGAGGAGAUAGAGAUGAGCUAAGGGUUUUUGUGAUUGCUUGAGUCCUGGUAGUCUCUUUCAAGGCCAGUGCAUCACCAACUCUUCAACUCACGUGUUCUUUGAGGUCCUUUUGGUCUUAUAGUAUUACAUUUUUGAUUGUAUGUGCAUAAGCACAGCUAAAGUGAAAUUCCAUGAGCAGCGUUCGACGAGAAACAACUGCUUUAUACUUGUAAGUCAUCCAUACAGUGAAUCUUAUUUGUCACUCUGAUCUGCAUACCCUUUGCCAAUGUAUACACAUAGGGUUCUUUAUAUAGACGAUAGCAAUUCAGUAGCUACAAUUGUUCUUGUCAAAAGUAUCAGCUCGUUAUCUAUCGCCAAAAACCAUCAAAAAGUUCAAA